UUAAUAUGGUGUCCUGGAUAGACAUCUACCUCGUUCUUGAAGCGACACUGCCACUAUAUGUAGCUAUGAUACUAGCCUACAUAUCCAUAAAAUGGUGGAAGCUAUUCACCCCAGAGCAGUGCUCUGGGAUCAACAAAUUUGUGGCGAAGUUUUCUAUUCCUCUGCUCUCUUUUCAGGUCAUUUCCGCAACUAAUCCUUAUGACAUGAAUAUCAAGCUCAUAUACUCGGAUAUCCUACAAAAGUCGCUUGCCUUGCUGGGAUUUGCAGCCAUCUCAAAAGCAUGCUGUGCAGAGAAGUUUGAUUGGCUGAUUACAGGUUUUUCUUUAUCAACACUUCCCAAUACACUGAUUGUUGGCAUCCCCUUGCUGAGAGGAAUGUAUGGUGAGCAAGCUGUCAAGCUGCUAAGUCAGAUAGUAGUCCUCCAGAGCCUAAUUUGGUACACACUUCUUGUAUUUGUCUUUGAACUUCGGGCUGCUAAAGGAAUGGCUUCCACCACAUCAUCUGAAACUACAGCAGAAUCAACUUCUAGAGGACCUACACAGCAAAGAUUCGAAGAAGUUCAGGCAAAAGGUAUAUCAGCAAGAUGUUCUUGUGCCUUUCGCUUUAUGUUGGUGGUUGGUAAGAAGCUAGUGAUGAAUCCCAACAUAUAUGCAUGCCUGAUAGGUAUAAUUUGGGCACUGAUCAGCUUCAGGUGGCACAUAGAGUUACCGUUGAUUGUCAUAAACUCCAUAAGAAUACUCUCGGAUGGAGGGCUUGGAAUGGCAAUGUUCAGCCUAGGCCUUUUCACUGCUCUACAAACUAAAAUUAUAGCCUGUGGUGCUAAAAAGAUGCUACUAUCAUUAGCCAUAAGGUUCUUUCUAGGACCAGCCCUAAUGGGUAUCUCUUCUUAUGCUACCGGAAUGCGUGGUGCAUUGCUGAAGAUAGCCAUUGUACAGGCAGCUCUACCUCAAGGAAUAGUUCCAUUUGUGUUCGCCAAGGAGUAUAAUGUUCAUGCAGAUAUUCUGAGCACUGCGAUAAUUGUUGGCAUGAUGGUUGCAGUUCCUGUGGCACUGGCUUACUACUUCGCAAUGAUCAUUGCAGAUUCUACUCUAUAAUUAUUUGCUGGAGGAGCUAGCCUGAUUAUAUCCAUUUGAGAAAACAAUGAUGGCUUACUGUAGAGAAUAAAUUCAGUUGUGAGUGAAUAUAUUUUGCUAGACUGCAGACAUAUGUGCCCUUGGGUUUGUGGAGAACGGUGCUAAUGAUAUCUGAUCUGUAUCAAGUGAACAGUGAUCGGACAUUUCUCUUACGAUUUCAACUAUAAACAAUUCUUACU